AUGGAGGACCAGCCGAAGGACCGUGAGACUGAGGUCGCCGGGCCCCGGUUUUCUAAGUGGGAGCGCCAGUGCCUUGCCGAGGCGGAGCAGGCAGAGCAGCUGUCCCCGGAGCUGCAGGAGGAGGCGGCUGCUGAUGCGGCGGGGCUCAAGAUCGAGCAUCAGAGACUCUGGCACCUCUUCCAGAUCUCAGCCACGGCAGUGGCCCAGCUUUACAAAGAUUCCGGGUGCCAGCAGCCAGGACUCUCUAUGUGGGACCCUUUCCAGAAUGCGGCCAUGGCUGUGACCAGCCUCUACAAAGAGAGCGGGGAUGCCUACCACAGAAGUUUUGAACUGGGUGUCCAGGUUGGCUACCAGCGUCGUGUGAGAGAGGUGCUGGAGUGGGUGAAGAAGGGUAGGAGCAUCAUUCGCCGGGAAGACCUCAUAAGCUUCCUGUGUGGCAAAGUUCCCCCGACCCCUCCACCUCCACGUACCUCCCGGACGUCCCCGAGGUCACCCACGGCUGCCUCCACUCAAGCUGCUGCCAGUGAGUCCAGCACACCUGUGGAGGUCGACCUACAGCCCUUCCACGAGGCCAUUGCUCUCCAUGGCCUCAGUGGCGCCAUGGCAAGUAUCAGCAUGCGAUCUGGGGCUCCUGGUUCCUCAUUUCAAGAUGGAGGUAUUGCCAGCAGUGGACGUCGGAAAAGUAGCUUCCUCGAAGAUGAUCCGAACCCCUUGAACUCAGAAGAACUGGCUCUCCGGCUGGACAGUGGGGGGGUCCGCAAGCGCACCUCCGCCCAGUUUGGUGAUGGUGCUACAGACUCUCCAUUCCACAAGCGCAACCGAAUGGUCUAA